GAUGCUAUCCAGGAUCAGAAAAGCAAGAGCGCCGAGAGGGGAGAGAAAGAGAAGGGAGAGAGAGCAGAAGAGAGGUUUGGGUUGAGGCUCGACGCACAAGUCUUCCCUCCCAAAAUUCCCUAUACCUUACUGAAUUCUUUCUCCAUUUUAAUAAUCCAGAAAACCGAAUAAUUCCUCUCUUUUUCUGCCUCUAUUAUUUACUUGUAGCUGAUGCCGUGUUGCUUGCUUUGAAAUAUUCCCAGAAAAUCAAAUUGCUGUUUUAUUUUUUUUCAUCAUAAAAUUAUUAUGUGUGUGUGUAGAUUGGUGUUUUCGCAAAAAUAAAUAUGAGUAGUCAAGUGCCUCCAGCGCCCAGGCGCAAUAGUUUGGUACAGAAACGAAACAUAUCAACUGUCAAGAAAUCUGUGAAUCAAUCUGAGAAUGGUACUAGCCAGAGCAAGCCCUCUUCUCCACCUCACUCGUCUGUUGCUGGGGAGAGAACAGUGAAGAAGCUGAGGUUAUCGAAGGCACUAACAAUUCCGGAGGGGACCACCGUGUCUGAGGCAUGUCGGCGGAUGGCAGCGAGACGAGUUGAUGCUGUUCUGCUAACUGACGCAAAUGCCUUACUCUCUGGCAUAGUAACUGACAAGGAUAUUGCGACUAGGGUUAUAGCUGAGGAGUUGAGGCCUGAGCAGACAAUUAUCUUGAAGGUCAUGACCAGGAACCCCAUUUUUGUGACUGCAGAUUCAUUGGCUAUCGAAGCCCUUCAGAAGAUGGUGCAAGGUAAAUUUCGCCAUCUUCCUGUUGUGGAAAAUGGUGAAGUUAUAGCAAUACUCGAUAUUACAAAAUGCCUUUAUGAUGCAAUAUCAAGGAUGGAGAAAGCUGCAGAACAGGGAAGUGCAAUUGCUGCAGCUGUUGAAGGAGUUGAACGGCAGUGGGGAAAUAACUUCUCGGCUCCAUCUGCAUUCAUAGAAACAUUGAGGGAGCGGAUGUUCAAGCCCUCUUUGUCAGCCAUUGUUUCUGAAAAUACUAAGGUGGCAAUAGUAUGCCCCUCAGAUCCUGUGUAUGUUGCUGCUAAGAAGAUGCGAGAAUUACGGGUCAACUCAGCUAUAAUUUCAGUUGGAAACAAAAUUCAGGGGAUAUUGACCUCAAAAGAUAUUCUCAUGCGUGUUGUAGCACAAAAUCUAUCCCCUGAGCUGACACUGGUGGAAAAGGUAAUGACACCAAGCCCUGAAUGCGCAACAUUAGAGACAACAAUACUUGAGGCUCUCCAUAUAAUGCAUGAUGGGAAGUUUCUGCACCUUCCCGUUCUCGAUAGAGAUGGAUGUGCCGUCGCCUGCAUAGACGUAUUGCAGAUAACUCAUGCAGCUAUAUCUAUGGUGGAGAGCAGCUCUGGUGCUGUCAAUGAAGUGGCCAAUACUGUGAUGCAGAAGUUUUGGGAUUCGGCACUUAACCUGGAACCACCAGACGAUUAUGAUACACUCAGUGAGAUGUCUAUGUCUCAAUUGAUGAUGUCAGAAGGGACAGAAGCUGGAAAAUCUGGAUAUCCAUCUUUGGGUCUUGGAAAUACAUUUGCUUUUAAAUUUGAGGACCUUAAAGGUCGUGUCCACAGAUUUAGUUUUGGCUCAGAGAAUUUAGUGGAGCUUGUUACUGUGGUUAUGCAAAGGUUAGGUGCAGUAGAUGAACAAAAUCGUCCUCAACUUUUGUAUGAAGAUGAUGAAGGCGAUAAAGUUCUGCUGACAACUGAUAGUGAUCUUGUUGGUGCAGUUAACCAUGCCAGAUCAGUAGGGCUAAAGGCCUUAAGAUUGCAUCUAGACUACUCUGAUGUAAACCAAGAAAAAUCAGAGCCAGAAUUGAGUACUACAUCUGUUGAGAAAGAUGGAUGGGGUUCACUGCACAUGGGGAUUUUUGCGGGCGCUGUUGUGCUAACAAGUGUUGGUGUAUUUGCCUACUUGAAGCGCACCAAUACAUGGACCAGGGCGAUAGUUCGAAGAUCGGCCCCGCAGUGUAUCAGAUCGAGAUAUGCGGAUAAGACGCCGAGUUCGAGAUUCGAAGCACCUGUUCAGGUCGAGGUCGAUGAUGAUCGAGAUUAAACAGGAUAGACAUCGAGCAAGACCGAAGAUAGCAUAAUAACGAGAAUGCGAGAUAUUCAUGACUGGCAGAGAAUUAUGGUGAAAAUCUCGGAACGGAUCACAUUAAGAGCGGUUAUUUAGCCCAUCAAGAGAUUUACUUCUGUAAUUAGAAUUGUACCAUAAAAAAGGAUUCCUCUACUAUAUAAAGAGGGACCUAAUCAUUUUUGUGACCAUUUGACAUUCACGCAUAUCAAAGCAAUACAAUAAUCUCCUCUCUUCUCUCUUA